GCCCGAAUCCGUUCAUCGAGAUCUACUCGCCGUCCCGCCUGCCGCCCGUCUCCAUGAAGUCCUUGUCGCUGGCUGGCUCCGUUGUGAUCCACACCAUUCAGGGCUACAAGGACUGGCUGCCCCUGGUGGGCACGGACGGUGUGGCCAUAGAGGACCUGGGGCGCGAGUGCGGCGCUGUGGUGAGCAUGGGCUGCGCAAGGCGGCUGUGUUCCGAGACAAGGACGGACUCGUGCACGCGUAUUCGGCCACAUGUCCGCACCUGGGGUGCAGCGUGCACUGGAACCCCAACGACGCCACCUUUGACUGCCCGUGCCACGGCUCGCAGUUCGACCACCAUGGCCGCUGCAUCAACGGCCCCGCCAAGGCCGACCUCGCCCCGCUGGACCCCCGCCAGACUGGGUGAAGCGUGCAGCGUGAAGGCGUGUGUGCAAGGUGUGGGGCGGACUGCAGUUGAGCUAGGGGCGAAGGUUGAGGAAGAGGGCUUCAACACGGCUGGAAUAUGCCCGGCUCGUCAUGCCCUCAACACUGCCAGCUCCUGCUGCUGGUUCUGCCGAGGGGGAGUGGAAAGUGCGAGCAUAUAAGGGGGGGGGGGGCAGGGGCUGGUUGACUGCCUCCACGAGGGUUAACUGUUGGAGCCCUGGGAAGAUGAUAGGGGUUGGAAGGGGACAUGAGAACAUGUAACCUUGCCUUGCAUAUUUCUUCCUUGGGCUGCCUACACUGCAAUGUGCAGGAACAACUGAUUUUGCGUAAUGUUCCAUGCCCUUAUGCAUCAAAUCGAAUAGCAAGCAUGUACUUUGGAAGUG